AUGGUCAAAGGUAUUGUUUUACAGCCCGGCAACUUUCAAGUGAAUAGCGACACCUUUUACUAUAUAGAAUCAAACAGUAUAAUGCUUUGUGUAGAACAGUUUCAGGAAUUUUUAUCACGACAUUUAUCCAAACAAAAUUCGUCUGGUUCCCUGUCGGACCAUGACUUUAUAUCAACUGUUCUCUCUCUUAUUUGUUCAACACUUUCUAUUGUAUCACUAGCAAUAACGUUCAUUAUAUAUUCAAUUUUGCCUCGGUUAAGGCUGACAAUUCCUGGUAAGAACAACAUGUCUUUGGUGUUCUUCAUGCUACUUGCACAGGUCUUAUACCUCAUAAGUGGGUUUGGCAGUCUUAAAACCGACUCGACGGAGUGUUUUGUUUUAGGAAUGGCGCUUCAUUUUUUCUGGCUUAUUUCUUUGUUUUGGAUGAAUAUUUGCACGUUCCAAGCAUUCCGUGUAUUUUCUGAUGUCAAGUUGUUAUCACAUCUGUCUGGGAACAAGCGAUUUGUUGGUUACCAUAUCUUCGCUCUUGUUAUAUCUUCAGUCUUUGUUGCCUUAAAUAUUACUCUAUCUACCUUACUAUCAGGCCUAAGUGGAUACGGCGGAAAUAAUUGUUACAUUUCAUCACAAGAAAUGAUAAACUUCACAUUUGUUCUUCCGACUGGGUUUGUUAUUCUAACAAAUUUUGUAAUGUUUUUGUACGUUAUCAUUACCAUAAAGACGACUCAUUCCGUCAAAAGGCAUAUUCAAAAUGAACGAAGUGAUUUAAACGUAUUCCUGAAACUUUCAACAAUUACUGGAGUGACUUGGAUAUUUGGUCUCUUGUACACAUUUACAAAUGUACGUGUAUUUUCGUACCUCUUUAUAGUUUUAAAUGCUUGCCAGGGAGUAUUUAUCAUGUUUGCCUUUGUAACAAACUCACGUGUUUUUAAUUUAAUGAAAACUUUUUCUACUUCACGUAAUUCAACUAAAAGUCAGAAUAAAACAGAGAAAACAGAAGCACUAAGGAAUGUCAAGAACGACACAAUUUAA